GCAUUUACUCCGGUUUCGAUAAUUAUCCAGGAAGAAUUUGCGUGGAAUUACAACAAACCACCCACCUUCAACAUGAAUGGAGAAAUCCCUUCCGUUCCAAUUACAACUUUGGCAGGAGUCUCCAGUUUGGUGGACUUGCUGCCAGAGAUGCCCCUUCCAACUCCGUUGCCACAAACUUUGAGCAACAAGUCGCUUCUUUUUCAUCCAAGAGUUGCAGAAGAGGCUCAGCGACUUCUCUCCAUUAACGAUGACAAUCUCAUUCCCCAGUUAAUUCAGUCGCUAUGUAUGACGUCAUCUAAGCAUAUAGACUUGAAAGAUCAGUACAAUGAAAUGCCCUUGGAUCAUCCUAAUGCUCCCAGGUUGCUGGCAGGCAUAAUUCAUAGAAAAGCAGACGUAUUUAAAGGAAAACAUGAACAUAUGACGGACUGGAGCCAUAACAGUCAACACGGCCAAGUAGUAAACAGUCAAAGUCAGAUGUAUGGAAUCAACAACAUUUCCGGAAUAUCUUCCUCGCCACAAUCACAACAUGGUAUGAUGGCUGGGACUUCUCACAUGUCCAUGAAUCCCAUCAUGGAUCUCCAAGCUCCACAUCAUCCAGGUGUCAUGAAUAGUGACACUUUGCAAAUGAUGCAGCAAAGUCUUGAUUUCAUCAGCGGUCUUCAGCCUGAGCAAGCAACAAAGACAGAUAGGAAUUCACAAGAUCACAGCAGCAGUGUGGUACAUCAAAUGUAUUCCAAUCGAACCUCAUCAUCAUCGACAAGUCCUGGUGGUGGAAAUUCCCCCUUCGCUAACACCAUGCCCAUGACUGGUUACUCGCCACAAAUAAAUCUAAACCACCAUUCCCAGCAAGUUCAACAGCAACCAAUUAUUCCUCACCAAUCCCAUAACAAAACGUCAUCCUCUUCGUCUUCGUCAAUGAUGCACCUUCAACAACAGCAAUAUCCUCAACAACCACAAGUUCCAUUACAACAGUCCAUGAGUCCUUCAAAGAGUAACUCUCACUCUCCUUAUCCUUCUGGAGGGGCCAAUAUGAUGGGACUAGUGCACGAGAGUGGCAGUGGUGGGGGUAUGACUCCCAACGCGUCUUCUUCCUCCGUCGGAGGGGGGAGAAAUCCACCGCUCAUCUUGCCUCACUUGUCCAACAGUAUCGGUGGUUCUGAUAUUAUCCCUGGAAGUAGUCCUACACACGCCCCCAUGGGAAUAACUCAACAACCCAUGCACUCCACCAGUCAUCUAAUAACUCCUCCUCAUCAUAGUGGAAGAAGUGGUGGUGGGGUCAGUGCUAAUUUCUCUAGUGGACAAAUGUUCAACGCAAAUAAUCACAUCAACACUCCUGGCGUUCCAAUUGUGAAUAGUGCAAGUGUACCCGAUAUUCAUAAUGUAGCUAAAAUAUCCAUGAAUGUUCCAAUGGUUAAAUUCGAAAAUAAUAACGUAACGCCAAAUAAGACGAAUAAUAAUGUCGAUUCAACAAAUCAUCUAACACUUCAGAACCAAAAAGAGUUGGUGGUCAAGUUGGAAAGGAACCACGAUGCUCAAUUGAUGCAACAAGCUUUGGCGAAAAUGGAACGAAAAGACUCGACGGGAGUAGAACCAUCAACCACCACACCCACUACGCCCAACAGGUCUGGGAGGAAAGCUACGACCAAUUCUAGCAAAAACUAUCGCGAAGAAACCUCAGAGGAAGAAGAUGAUGACGGAGGAGGAAGCCCGUCCAAAGGAAGAAAAGGAAAAAUAUUCAAGUCAAAAGAAAAUGCCAAGGAUAAGAGAAAAAGCCGAAGCAGCAAGGAUUCAGAAUACACGAAUGAAACUCCACCAGAGUCUACAAAGAAGAGGAAAAUGUCAGUGCCAGAACCGGAACCUGUUGAAGAACCAAAGAAGAAAGUUCGCAGAGUUGAACGAAUGCUUAUACCGGUCCUGGAAAAACUUGGGGGAAAUAUUUUGGACAACAGUACGUACCACAGAUUCCUCAAGACGAUGGACAUUGUCUUAGAAAGUAUCGACUACGCUGACAAAAUUGAGAUCGAUAUGGAUGAAGAUGGAAAUGUUCCUUCAGAGCUGCUAAUCUCCAAGACCCACAUGAACGAGUUGUGUUCGGAAGCAGCAAAGUUGAAAGCUCUUGGUGCUAUGGAGGCAAUGCCUACAGAGAAGAUUGUUCGGCUCUUAACCUUCCUGGAAAUUAAUAUUCGUGAUGGAUGCAAAGUCACGCCAUUGGCAGAUCCAGACGAUAAUGACGAAGAGAGUAGAUUAUGGCUGGAACUAACAAUGGACAGUAUAUCUAGAGGUGUCGUAGCCUGUUUAACUUCUCUUCACAUUUUAACUAGCCCAAAUAUGCCAAAACGCGCCUACUUGGAAGAUCUCAUAGACAGAAUCGUAAUGUUCUCCAAGUACCAGUUGCAGAAUACCGUUUUUCCUACUUUCGACCCAGUAUACAGAAUCGAUAAAAGGUCCAAGGGUGAUUUAGGAUCCAGCAAUAAAAAGAAACGAGCCCACGCCAGAGAGGUUCGAGGAAAAGCUAUGCUCACGUUCUACACGAAAAUGCAUGAAGUUGUCGGCCUGCUAGCAGAGCUUCUGAAUGUACAAGUACUCACUGACACCACUGUGUUGCAUUUAUCCACACUCGGUGUGUCACCAUUCUUUGUGGAAAACGUAUCUGAACUUCAAUUAUCCUCAUUGAAGCUAGUUACGGGGAUAUUCACCCACUACGAUAAACAUCGAAGACUUCUACUAGAAGACAUUUUAGCAUCAAUUGCAAGACUACCCAGUAGCAAACGCAGUAUAAGAACUUUCAAAUUAUCUGCCGGAUCCGAUGAAAACAUACAAAUGUUGACGGCCUUGGUGCUACAACUAAUUCAGUGUGUAACGCACCUACCUGACAAACUGUCGGCAAAGAAAAAGAAGGUACAUGCUGAUGAUGGAGAAAGUCAGGCUGAACAAAACAAUACGGAUCUCGACAUUUUAAUUUCCGGGAGAUUUGACACGGCACUAAGGAUAGCAGGAAAUUUUUUGACUGUUUUCCUAGGAAAAUGUGGCAGCAAGUCGGAAGAUUGUGAUUAUAGGGUUUUGUUUGAAAACUUUGUACAAGAUUUACUGUCCACCGUCAACAAACCCGAGUGGCCAGCUGCUGAGCUAUUACUUUCUCUACUGGGAAAUCUGUUGGUUAAAAAUUUGGGAAAUAAACAAUUGGAGGUCUCAAUGAGGGUAGCAUCUUUGGAAUACUUGGGAGUAGCUGCUGCUAGAUUGAGGAAGGAUGCUGUGUCUGCUCAAAAGAAAUUGGACACGAUUGAUCGAAUAAUUGCUGAUAUAAGAGCUGAAGAAGAAGGUUACGGCGAUAUGAAGAAGGAGCCAUUUGAUUUAAACAACGAAGAAGAUAAAGUGGAAUUUCUACAAAGAUUAUUGUUGGAUUAUCUCGCAGUAAAUGGUCAAUCAGAUGCUGCUUUGAUGCAAUCGCGUCAUUUUUACAUUUCCUCAUGGUGGAAAAGCGCUCAGAACGACAUUUCUAAAAGCAUUCAGGCUGUGGAUAGCGGAUUGAAAGCCAACCGCAAGAAAAAGAAGAAAAAGCGUAGUUCAAGCUCAGGAGAAGAAUCCGAACUUUCUGAUGACGAUGACGAGGAUGAAGAACAGGAAGAAGGUGGUCAACCGGAACUAAACACCAAACUAUUACAACUGGUGGAGCGAAGGAGAAACUUUUUGUUAACAAAAGUCCGACCUUUUUCUGAUCCUUUAAUGACGUCGAGGAAAGCAGAAGUGGUUCACUCGUUCGUGGAUUAUCAGAGUGCUGAAUUACUAACACGUUAUUUAGCAUCUAAACGACCUUUCUCUGCCAGCUUUGAUUUUUUCCUCACAAGGAUUCUGAGUGUCUCAACAGAGUCUACAGUUGCUAUUCGAACCAAAGCUCUUCGUUGCCUUACAAUGGUUGUAGAAGCCGAUCCCAGUGUACUUGCGCGCCAUGACAUGCAGCUAUGGGUGCAAAACUCUUUUCUAGACCAAUCUACCGCUGUCCGAGAAGCUGCAGUAGAUCUUGUCGGCAAGUACGUGCUCUCUUGUCCUGAUCUCAUUGAGAAGUACUAUGAUAUUCUGUCUCUACGUAUUUUGGAUACUGGUGUUAGCGUUCGUAAACGGGUUAUCAAAAUUCUACGAGACGUCUGUGUAGAACAUCCUACGUUUGGAAAAAUUCCAGAGAUUUGCGUAAAGAUGAUUAGGCGUGUAAAUGACGAAGAUGGGAUCAGGAAGCUGGUGAUGGAAGUGUUUCAAAAUAUGUGGUUCUCUCCAGUCCGGGAAGAACCCCUCGACACAAAAUCAUUACUUCGGAAAGUGUCAAACAUCACUGAAGUUGUAGCAUCCUGUGAAAAGAUUGGCCUGGAUUUCUUUGAGCAACUCUUGUUGAGUUUAUUCAAACCAAAAGAUGAAAAGAAUGACGAUGUGAGAGAAAAGGUUGUGAACCCGGAACCUCCGAAAAUAGUUCUCACUGCUUCAACGCAGAUCGUCAAUUGUUUGGUAGAGCAUGUACUUCGUUUGGAGGAAAAUUCUGAACAACCCGGUAGUCAACCAGCAUCAUCAUCGUCAUCCCGAUUUGUAGCUUGUGUUGCUACUCUGUACCUGUUUGCUAAGAUACGUCCUCAAUUAUUAGUCACCCAUGCAAUUACUUUAGAGGGCUAUUUGAGUCUACGUUGUCAGAACGCUGCCGAGAUACAAGCAAUUGCAAACAUUGCAGCCAUACUGGAGUUGGUCGUUCCGCUUCUAGUCAAUCCAGCAGACUCAUUUUUGAGCCAAUUGGAAGAAGAUUGUGUUAAGCUGAUAUUCAAAAAUGACAAAGGCGUUAUUGAAUCAUGUUUAGCAUGUUUGGGGGCCGUUGUUAAUAAAAUUACUCGCAACUAUGCCUUGGUGCGUGAUGUUUUUCGAAGAUUUCAAACCAUUCUUUUUACACAAACAAAAACGCUGCGUGAUCAACCACACGAUCCUAGUCUCAAGGAGGGGCGGCCAAGAUUACGAAGAUCAAUAUAUACAAUUGGAAUGUUUUUGAGAUACUUUGAUUUCAUGCAUCACGAUGUAUACGGUGACUUACCGGCGUCUACGGUGAACAUUAUCUUUAACGAAUUGAUGUACCUGAUUGACCAACAAUGCGUUGAUCUUCAACUGUUCAGUUUACAAGCUGUUGGAAAUUUAUGCAUACGUCAUUACGACUUUAUGUUGGGAGAUGAAUUAAAAAGAGUGUAUCAGGGUUUGUUGACAUCGUCAGCAGAGAUCAAACUUAAGUCACAGGCACUAUUUAACAUUCAGUUGUAUCUCACCGAGGAAGAACUUCGAAUGAUCAAACAAGACCAAGAGUGGCAAAAGAAUGCUAAACUUCAAGAUAUUAAAGAAAUGGGAGACGUUACUUCAGGCAUGGCCUCCACCAUAGUACAAAUCUAUCUUAAGCAAAUACUUGAAGCCUUCCUGCAUCGAGAUGUUAGCGUUCGACUAGCUGCUGUUCGUGUCAUUCAGCUAGUUCUCCAACAAGGUCUUGUACAUCCAAUUCAGAUUGUUCCCUAUUUGAUUUGCAUGAGUACCGAUGCAGAACCUGGAGUGUCGACAACUGCGGAUAAACAGCUCCAAGAAAUGGAGAAAAAGCAUCCACAGUUUCUUCAGAGUCAAGUUCUCAAUGGAAUAAAGCUGAGUUUGCAACUUCAACGAAUUUUACUUGGUUAUAAUGGAGCAGUUACAAAUCUCAUUGGAUUCCAUGGACAAAACCAAAGUCAAAGCUCAGAACAUUUAAAUUCCUUUUUUGAAGACCAUCUCCUUCCUUUAGUUCGAGGAUACAGAGUUCGUCCAAAAGAGCAGCCUUCCGCUCUAAAUGGAUUUUUGUAUUCAUUGUUAAGGUCAACUAAACCACAAAGAAGGGCCAUUGCUCGAUCUUUGCUGCAACAAUUUGAUGAUCAGAACAAAACGAGAUUGGCAGAUUUACUGUACUAUUGUGACAAUCUGGCGUACUUCCCCUAUCAAGUUAUUGAUGAGCCACUAUUCAUAAUUCAUCAUGUGGACAUUGUAAUCUCAGUUACUGGAUCUAAUCUUCUUCAGUCUUUCAAAGAAUCGUUAAUCCCCAUUCAUCCUCCUCCUCCAGUCCAUCCGGUUAAUGAACUUCUUCCCGGAGAGAUUAUGCCACUUGAGAAUGGAGAUAUAAUGCCAGGAUUUAAUAAUGUUGAUAUAAUUCUUCCUCCUCCUAUUCAAGACGAUGAUGAUGAGGAUGACGACCUCGAGACAAUUCUGAAACGAAUUCCAGAGGACACCAGAAACUUGGAGGAUUGUAUCACUGGUGCUCAAGGCGUUCUUUUACUGCUAAUGUUAAAACAGCACUUGAAAGAGACCUACGGAAUCAAUGAUGUCAAAAUUAGUGCCUAUUCACCAUCCGAUGCCUCAAAAGCUUUCGAGAGGCCUGUGAAUCGGAAGAAUGCCCAUAUUUUUGAUCCAAAGUGUACACUGGCCAAUCUGCAGUGUCCCCCGACAGGUCAUACACCUGAGGGUAGGCGAGCUCUUGUCGAACAAUACAUUCAUUUCAAGCAAUUAAUGUUACGCAUUGAUCCUGAAGAAGGGGAUGAAGAUGGUGAAGCAAAACCAGUGAAGUUAAAAAUCGAUCAAAAUUUGUUCACGUAUUCCAAUGCUAAAUCAGCAGCAGGAAACCCAUCUGCACCACCGAAUGACCAAAUGACAGUAUUAUCAGCUCAAAACGCUCAUCAGGCUACUGCCAACUACAAUUCCAGCUCUCAGUAUAGCAUUGUCAAUCAACAAUAUAUCCUGUCGAAUUCGCCCAUUAAACAAACAGAACAGGUUAGAAUACCAAAGCUGAAAAUCGUCCCACUGGCGUUUCCUGGGAAUGAUUCCCCUAAAAAGUCAUAUAAAGUAAAAGAAAAGGAGCAUCACCAUCACCACAAGCACAAGAAGUCUAAACAUAAGAAAAAGAAGCGACACGCUAUUAGCGACGACUCUGACAGCGACAACAGUGAUGACCCAGACUUCCGAAUUUAGGAAGUAUACAUAAAAGAGGCACGAAAUUCGACCGAAUAUCCAUGCCUUAUUAAAAAUUCAAAAUCAUUGAGUGAUCAACCGCAGCAGCAGAAGUAGUUGGUUGAGGGAACUUUGUUUGGUGCUAACAUAUUAUUAAUUAAGGAGAUUUACACUCAAAUUCGAUUCUCAAGAAAAUCGUGCAUUUUUAUAACUAUGGGUAUACCUACUUACUUUACUCUGUGACAUAGCAUAAUUUCCUUAUUAUCUAUUUAUGUACGACGUCGGUCAUAUAUAAUUCAAAUUCCCUGUGAUUUCAAGCUGAUUUAUUCGUCCAAAGAUCUGAGGUGUUUCAAUACAUGUUCGUUUGUUUACUUACAAUAUAAUUCAUACGAGUUGUAUUUUAUUUGUGUUUUUAUAUAUAAUUGAUGCAUUUUCACUACGUUGUGCGCGGUAAUCAAGCCCUAUAUCAGUGCGUCGUUUGCAGCUUUUAUGGUAUCUAGAUGAAUUUAUUUUUUUAUAUUUUAGCAUUCGGACUGAAACAGAUAAAGUAUUAUAACAGUACCGGAUAUACAUAAUUGAUAAUGAAGGCUUUAUUGUUUAUUACAACGUUAAUCUUUUUUAUACAAGUAGCACCACUAACAAAAAUUCAUACAGGACAAUUUCACUCUUGUCUUUGCGUGUAAGUAAUCCUAAAAUGUUUGAACAUUACUUGUAACCUGUUUUAUAGUAUCCUCCGUUUUAUCUACACUUGUCCGUUGACAGAGGUUACAAAAGAGUAUGGGUAUUUAAUUUUGAUACGUAUUUUGUAAGUUUUACAUCCAUCAACAAGCCAUAAUACCACAAGCAUAAUAUAAUUAUAAAAAUACUAUAAGUUUACCGGAAUUGGCAAUUUAUUCUGGAAUUUUUGAUGUUACAAUCCGCAUGCGUGUGCAAUGGAAGGAGUUAUUUAUAUUGGCGGCUAACAUAAUACAAAACUAUAUAUGUAAUUAAUGACGUUAUAUUUCUACGUAAAUAUAUAUCGCGUAGAUGCUCUAACCGUUUUUACAUGCCGAAUUUUUGUGGCGAUCACAACAGCGGCAACGGGUUAUUGAUAACCACCAAACACAGCAGUUUAGUCAUAUGGAACGAUUUACCUUUAUUUUGUAAUACAGAUGAUAAGCGAUGUUAUUGGAAGUGGGAAAAAAGUGCAAACUAUUCCAUGUAACUUAUUAGUUUCUUCUUGAUCUUGGCAAGUGUACGUUUUAACAUAAUGUUUCAUAAGAGUAAUUGUAUGUAAGCACUCUUUCAUUCAGGAUACUCCGAAAAGCGAAAACUCACCUAUGACGUUAGAAUAUUGACUUCAACUGGAGCUCUAUACAAUGAAGUCUAUACAAGUAUUAAUUUAAGUAAUUAACGCUAAUUUUACAAGUAAUACUAGGGGAAUGAAACUUAAUUAAAUAUAUUGCCUAACAUAUUGUAACUAGCUAUAAGCUUAUUAUAAAUACAUAGCGUCAUCAAUGAAAAUGUAUUAUUUGUCAAUAUUACAUUACUAAUAUUAUAUACACGUGCUGUCAAUAGUGAGUAUUUUCUACUGGAAUGCAACUAAUUUAUAUUUAGCCACAAAUGUUAGGCUACUCUACACUGAUUGGUAUUGAUCUACAUAAAUAAUGAAAUGAAUUAUCAUGUGUCAAUCUGUGGCUGGUGAAUGAAUUUGAACUGGAUGCAUGCAUGCCACCAGCAAUAGCAUAGUACUUAUUAACUACACAAUAUUAUGAAAUUUAUGAAAUAUACUUGACAGUUGUGUUUAUUAUUAAGUUGUUACAGUUUUAUUAUGACGAUAUACAAAUUUAUGCUGUACGAUAUAUUAUGUAACAUACAUAUAGUUGAUGAAUAUUGUUUGACCAAGGUAGCAGCCAUUACUAAGCAACUAUUAUAAAUGACAAUGGGCUUUUGUAGUUACUAUAUACGAAACCAGUUUUAAGUAAAUUCAAAGCCCUACUAAAUACAAACGAA